AUGUCAAUUCAAACAACAGCCAGUGUAAAUAGUGAAAAAUCUAACAAAACAGUGGGUUACUGUAGAUACCAAUUAUUUAUUUAUAUAUCAAAAUUUUUUAGAAAGAUACAAGUAUAAGCAUAAAGAAAAGUGGCAAAACGUUAGCAUGGAAUAAUAUUGUAGCUACAGUACCACAAGCUGGCGGAGGUCAAAAAGAAGUGAUCAGAGAUGGUAAGAUUCUCUCGAUAUUUUCUAAUUUCUUUGAAAAUUUAGUAAGUGGGAUCGCGGAACCUGGAGAAGUUCUUGCUUUGAUGGGUGGAAGUGGAGCAGGAAAAACAACAUUGAUGAAUAUUUUGGCACAUUUGGAUACACCUGGUGUUGAGGUAGAAAAAAACCGAAAAAUGUUUUUCGAAAAUUUCCCAUUUUUUGUAGUAUCGAGGAGAUGUUACUGUAAAUGGAAAGAAAAUAACGAAACAAAAAAUGCGGCGAAUGUGUGCUUAUGUUCAACAAGUUGAUAUAUUUUGUGGAACUCUUACAGUUCGAGAACAAUUAAUGUAUACAGCUUGGCUUCGAAUGAAAAAUACAACAGCAAAAGAAAAAGAAGAACGCGUUGAAAAUGUUUUGAGAGAAAUGAAUUUGAUUGAUUGUCAAAAUACUUUAAUUGGAAUACCAAAUCGUGUAAAAGGAAUAUCAAUUGGAGAAAAAAAGAGACUUGCAUUUGCAUGUGAAAUAUUGACAGAUCCACAAAUAUUAUUUUGUGAUGAACCGACUUCUGGACUUGAUGCAUUCAUGGCUUCUGAAGUUGUUAAAGCACUUCUUGAUUUGGCGGCAAAAGGAAAAACUAUAAUUGUUGUACUUCAUCAACCAAGUAGUUCUGUUUUUCGAAUGUUUCAUAAAGUUUGUUUUAUGGCAACUGGAAAAACUGCGUAUCAUGGAAAAGUUACACACUUAUGCAAUUUUUUCGAUGGUCUUGGACCUGAUUUUCGAGUUCCUGAAUCUUAUAAUCCUGCUGAUUUUGUAAUGAGCCAAAUUGCUGUUUCAUCUGGAACUGAACAACAGGAUGUUCAAAGAAUUGAGGUGAUAUUUACUAAACUUUCCCAAAUAACAAUUUGUUUUGUUUCUUUUCAGUUCAUAAUUCGCAAAUAUCAAGAAAGUGAUGUUGGCCAUGAAACUUUGAAAAAAACUCGAAAAUCUAUCACAAUUGCUGGAAGUUAUGUUGAAGAUGAAGAAGUUGAAGAGAAACAUAAAUAUAAUGCCACGUUUAUGACACAAUUCACAAUUCUUUUAAAAAGAUCAUUGAAAACAACUUUUAGAGAUCCACUUCUUCUUCGUGUUAGAUUUGCUCAAAUUGUGGUAAUAAUUUUUGAACUUUUUGUAUUUACUCGGUCAGAAAACGGCGGAGUCGCUACCGAUCGGGGCGGAGUCGCUACACGUUUUUAGUUCUUUUUUAGUUCCCUUAGUUAGUUCCUUUUAGUUCCCUUAGUUAGUUCCUUUUAGUUCCCUUAGUUAGUUCCUUUUAGUUCCCUUAGUUAGUUCCUUUUAGUUUAGUUCCCCGAAACGUGUAGCGACUCCGCCCCGAUCGGUAGCGACUCCGCCGUUUUCUGACCGAGUAUUUUCUGAAAAUAAUCAUUUUCAGAUAACUGCUCUUAUCGUUGGAGUUGUAAAUUUCCGUACUGAACUUCGUGGUCCAACAAUUCAAAAUCUUGAAGGUGUUAUGUAUAAUUGUGCAAGAGAUAUGACAUUUCUUUUCUAUUUUCCAUCUGUAAAUGUAAUUACAAGUGAAUUGCCAAUUUUUAUGAGAGAACAUAAAGCGAAUAUUUAUUCAGUUGAAGCAUAUUUUCUAGCCAAAAGUUUAGCUGAACUUCCACAAUAUACAGUAUUACCAAUUAUUUAUGGAACUAUUGUUUAUUGGAUGGCAGGUUGGAUUUGAGAUUACUGUAGAGGAGUAGACAAUCUAAUUUUUUCAGGUUUGGCAACUUCAGCUGUCUCAUUUUUGAUAUUUGUUGCUGUUUGUAUAUCUCUUACUUGGGUUGCGGUUUCUGUAGGUUUGUUAAUUUCUCAGAAAUGGUCCAAAAUUUUGGAUCAGCAUCGAUUCUAUUUCACUUUUUCUAAAAAUCAAAGACCGAAGUUCCAAUUCAAAAAACUUCUUUGAAAACCUAUCGAUAUUUCCAGCUUAUGUUGGUGCUUGUAUUUUUGGAGAUGAAGGAUUAGUUGUGACUUUUAUGCCAAUGUUUGUUCUUCCAAUGCUUGUUUUUGGUGGAUUCUAUAUUAAUGCCUUGAAUAUUCCGAAAUAUUUCAUGCCAUUCUCUUAUAUUUCUUGGUUCAAACAUGGUUUCGAAGCUUUGGAAGAGAAUCAAUGGAAUGGAAUUGAUGAUAUUCCUGGAUGUGGCAAUGUCACAAAUACUGGAGAAUAUUGUCCAGCUUCAAAUGGUUAUCAAAUUUUGCAAAGACGUGGAAUAACAACUCCAAUGGAAUGGAACAUUUUCAUUUUAUUUUCCUCAUUUUUUGUGUACCGUUUUAUUGGAAUGAUUGCUUUGAAUAUUAGAGUAAAGUAUGCGAAAUAA